CUCAAGCAGAAGUACUAGCACUGAGGUCGGCACGAACAAAAUCUAUCCCAUGAAAACGCAAAAGAGUUAGUCUUGACCAGCGCCCUCGGACGAGCAAGGGACGUGUAGUUAAGUUGUAAUUGCUGGCGAUGUUUAUAAUUUGGACUUGUAACAAAGGUCAACAGCGGAAGGGAACAAUAAGACCGUGCACAGAAAACAUUAUUGUCAGCUGAUUCGGCGGAGCUGAACAUGCUGAACGACGCAGUAGGAGUCCUUUCCUUUGUUGUAGUGAGCUAGGUUGGAAAUGGACGUGAAAUAGUCGAAUUUUCUGUCGUGGAAGUGAAAUCCAUCGGUUUAGGAGUUGAGCUGUGGUGACAGCAGAGCCUUCGAAUGCCAGUCCCGAGAGGCUAUUCAGGAAGGUUGAGGUGAACGGGGUCACACGCCAUGGGCAGCACGUCAUCCAAGUUUCGCAAGGCGCUGCACGCCGGCGACGAGAAGCUGGCUGAGGAGUUGUACCACGGGAGCGUGGAGUUCCAGAAAGCCUUUGACCCCAACACGUCCUAUGGGGAGAAUUACAGCCACAACACGCCGCUGCACUAUGCAAGCCGACAUGGAAUGCACAGAUUAGUUAGGAUUUUCAUGCAGCGGCACAGCGGCAAUCCCAACAAGCGCAACAGUGACAACCAGACGGCGCUGCAUUGCAUCUGCAUGGAGGAGCAGAUCCGGCCGCCGUCCACCUACAGCUACUCGCAGUACUACUACUCGCAGCCGCCAGAGAAGAAGCGGCUGGAAUGCCUACGGUUGGUGCUAUCGUGGCGGGGCAUCACCAUGGGGGAAGGAGAACGCGAGCAGAUCCAGAUUGAUGCGGAAGAUGAGGACGGUAACACCGCUUUACACUAUGCAGCAGGAUCUGGCUACCUCUCCUUGGUUGAGAUGUUGUUGGAGCAUAACGCAUCAAUGUUUGUUGAGAAUGCCGACAAGGAGACGCCGUGCGAUUCUGCCGAAAGACAUCAGCACGUAGUCAUUGCUCAGCUCCUGGAGUCCAAAAUGGUCUUCUCAUCGCCGGCCAAUGAGGAGGAGGCUGUAGAGGAAGUGGGUGCAGUGCAGUAUGAGGAGGCCUACAGUGGUCUGAGACUACAGGAACUGCAGGAGGCCAAGGACCUUGUGGUGGUGGAGACAGCAGACAUGCUCAGGGUACCUCUCUUCACUGCUGAAGCCCUGCUGAGAAAUUUUGAGUGGUCUAGAGAGUCUCUUCUGGAGGCGUGGAUCCCGAACUCGAAGGAGUGCUGUGUCAGAUGCGGCGUCAAGCCCCCAGAGAACCUGGACAGCUUUGCUGCCGAGCACAAGCUGAGCUCACUGGAGCCCAAGGCUGCCACUCCACAAGAAGAGCCUGUCGUGUGUGAUAUUUGCACAUCUACCGUACCAGCAGAAGAUGUAAGCAGCACUACAUUAUGCACCCAUCAGUUUUGCCGUGACUGCUGGGAAAGAUAUCUGACUGGUAAAAUCAAAGAGGGGAACGCACACGGCAUUGUAUGUCCAGGCUAUGACUGUGAUCGACUGGUACCGGUGGAAACCAUUGAAACACUGGUAUCCCGUGAGAUGGCUAGACGAUAUCUACAGUUUGAUAUAAAUGCAUUCGUCGAGAGCAACCCCAAGCUGAAGUGGUGUCCGGUGGCCGGUUGUGGGCGCGCUGUGCACAUGCCCCAGCAGGAUCCCCCCACCCCCUACGCCACAGGCAGUGACAGACCAAGUGGGGCAAGCAGUCCCUCCACCCCUCCCUCUAUAUCCCACGCAGUGGACUGCGGCCAGGGGCAUAUAUUUUGCUGGGACUGUAGUGGAGAUGCCCACGAGCCCUGCUGCUGUGAGAACUGGAAAAAAUGGCAGGACAAGAUUGCCGAGAUCAAACCGGAAGAACUGGCCAGCACAGAUACCGAGACGGAAUUAGCAGCCAACUGCCUGUGGCUUGUCACCAAUGCCAAGCCGUGCCCCAAGUGCGCCGCGCCCAUCCAGAAGAACGACGGCUGUAACCACAUGAAAUGCACCAAGUGCAAACACGAUUUCUGCUGGGUGUGCCUGGAGGCGUGGAGCAAGCACAGCUCAGAGACGGGUGGUUACUUCCGCUGUAACCGCUUUGAGGUGGUCAGCAAGGUUGACGAGAAGGCAGAGAGCAUGCUAACGGACGCCGAGAAGAAACACUGCGAGAUGCAGGAGCUAAACCGAUUCAUCCACUUCUACACCCGCUUCAAGAACCAUGGCCUUAGCCACAGCCUUGAGGAACCACUCCUGCGCAAGGCCGCCUUCAAGAUGAGGAAACUGGGUUCUCGCUCAGGGCCAGCAGGUCUUGAGGCAACCAAAUUCAUUGAGGAGUCGAUCCAGGAGCUGCUUCGGGCUCGCCGCAUCCUGCGUUUCUCCUAUCCUUACGGUUACUACCUGGAGGACAGAGAGGGCAGCAAACAGAUCUUUGAGUUCAUGCAGAAUGAGCUGGAAGAGGCCACAGAGACCCUGUCCCAGAUGGUAGCCCGCCACUACCUCCGCACCCCAAGGCACAAGAUUGUCCAGGCUGCCCAGCUAGUGCUACGUAAGCGUCACGAGUUCCUGUCGGCCGUCAGCAAGGGCCUGCUUCCCCCUGACACCCCACCACGCCUGCCCCGCCGACCCUCCAAUCUCCACCAGUCCAGCUGGGAAAGUGACUCGGAUGAGGAGGACGAAGCCUUACGACAGGCCAUCGAGGCCUCGUUGCAGGAGGCCGUUGCUCAGGCUGAAUCGUCAGGCGAUCAGCAAGAGGAAUCCCCGCUGGCAUUCCUGGAUCUGCACCUCAACAGCCACAGGAAGAGGCACGGCUCUGGAAACAGAGGGGUGGCAGAGCCCGGUAGUAUGACGGAGGGUCUGUUGCGGGCCUUGGAGGUGUCACAGCUGCUGCUAAUGCAGCAGGCAGAGCAGCUUCAGCCUCGCAACUCGGGCAGCACCACUUCCACAGCCAGCAGCAGCAGCAGCGGCGGCGGCAGUGCAGUAGUGGCAUCCGGCAGCAGCGGGACAUCUGCAGGAAUAAGUAAUGGAGCAGCCACACAAGUAACUAGCAGCAACGCUGUCAAGGCAAACAGUCAGAACACACUAGCUCAGACUAGCCAAUCAGUUGACAGCAGCAUGUCAAGUUCCUAUGAUGAGGAUUUCCAGAGGGCCAUUCAACUUUCUUUGCAAGAGUUGGAGGGAAGCACAGAUACUGAUGCCAAUCCAAGCGAUGCCCAGUCCAGCCUGAAGCAACUGCGGGACUCGGACUACCGAGCUAAGACAGACUCCCACACCAGCUCCCGGACCAGCAGUGGCACCACUGCCUCGGGCAAGUCUCGCCGGAAGAAGCUCUCCACCAAGGAGCACAAGUCUGGCAAGGAGUACUCCUGCCAUAGCGGCCAGGCCGGCUCUUCACCCAGGACGGCCCCCACGCUCAGAGGGGAGCUUCCCGAAGGAGGGCUUCUGGAUUUGUCCAAGGAACUUGAGUCAGAGUUUGAGAGGAUCAAGCGCAAGACGCUGUCACCAGAUGAGGAUCUCCAUGGGGAAGAGAAAGAGGUCCUCAAGUCGCCUUGGGAAAGGAAAUCUCAAAACAAGAAGAAAACUAUCCCGAAGAUGCAUGUACAGUACCCUUACAGAGCUCCAGUGUCAGAUACGACGAACAGCCGUGGCUCUCCACUGAGCACAAGCACUCUUCUCUCUGCUGAUUCUGGAAGGAUUCCAGGCAAGCCGAAGAGUGCCUCCAAGAACAGUCUGGGAAGUGAAGUUUCUGAGCAGAGUGCGGAUGCCGUCAGGGCAGUCCGGGCUUCCAGUGACCCAUACACUCCUGCCAUCAAGAGUCUCCUUACCCACUUGGAGUCCCAGAGGGCCUUGUCAGCAGAACACGUCAGCAAAGACAGGUCCCAGUUACCAGAAGCUGGACCCUCCCAGAAGGCACUGGUCUCUGCAACACCAACUCAGACAGCAGACCCAAGCAGGCUUGUGGGAAGUUCUGCCACUUCCUACAAGUCGACAUCCAGCACCGCCAAACCUGUUUGGCUGGAAGGACCCCUUCUUGCUAAAUCCAAGCCUAGAAAGUCCCCUGAAAGAUCUGUAGAUCCUUCUAAUAAAAGUGCCCUUCCAAAACAAGCUGGCACAGGUGCCAGCAAGCCAUCCAGCCUGAAUAUAGAAUUGUAUCUGUCCAGGAAGGCGACACCAGAGGAGAAAGAGCUAAGACAAGAAAGGGCCGGAAAGAUGUCGAUAUUUUUAAAAUCUGACUUAGGGUCUGCAGUACAGACUGUCCAGGAGAGUGUAUCAUCUUGUCUAAAUAAGUCCGAACCUCAUGUCUCAUCUACUGUGGGUACUCUGAAUCCUAAAGGUGCCUCAGCUACUGAAUGUCGUACAUUGCAAACUGAAGAAGGUGUUCUCCAAUUUGAUCCUGCAACAUCAUCAGUGUUUAAAGUAACAGAACCCUCAUCAGCAAAUGACAUAUCUGUCCAAGAAGUCAAAGAUGAGGGCACCUCUUUGCAAGAGAGUGUAUCAGCAGCUCCAGACUACUCUGGGGCUGCUUCUGAACUCCAAGAUACCUCUGGAAGGCCAGUUAAUGUGGAUUCAAGCAUAGAGUUUCCUAUUGAUAGUGGAGAGGACAGGAGCUUUCAGCCAGAGGCACUGAAGGGUAUCUUGUCCCUGAGGCAGGAAGAUGUGAAACAGACAGCUAUAGAGCCACCCUUGGAGGUAUGCCAAGAUGUUACAACCUCAACUACCAAGACUGGUUUAACAGGAAGCCUUAUAGAAACUGGAGGUGAUGCUGCAAGUGCUGUUGACAGGCAAACCUCUGUAGAUAAACUGAGCGUGCGAGCCACCCUUGACAAAUCUGUUUGGAAACCGAAGGAGAUGACAGAGUGCUCAGCAAAAUCCAAUCCUGGCUUUCUGGCUGAAGUUCCUACAUCCGUCAGCAGCAGUGGUGAUGCAACAUGUGCUUCAUCAUCUAGCAGACGGCCCAAACCAGCUAAAAUCAGUCCUGUGUGGGAGCGUGGCAAUGGUAGGAAUGUGAACCCCAACGAGGAAGAGGACGACCAGGUGUGGCAAAUGUUUAUAUAACAGUGUACGUAGUUAUUAUAAUCAAUUAAAGAAUACAUGGUAUUUGUCAUUAUUCAUUCCCGGUCACGGUGCUGGAAACACCUGUCGAUCAUUCUGAACAAGAUUGGCAGAAACAUUGCACUAAAACUGCUGUACAUGGCCGUUCAAGUUGUUCUGCUGUGACCGGGGUCUUUAGAGGGUCUCUUGAUCUCAUGCUCAACUUGAUCUUAAGGAAUCUGCCUGAGCUUCGGAGGUGGUACACUCACUCUCAAGUACUGCUCUGUGUUACACAGCUUCCCCACCCAAGCAAAGAUACAGUCACAACCAUUGGAAGCUGUCUUGACUGCACCACAGAAACAAAGCCAACUCCUGUGGUUUCCUCAAACCUCCCUUCUCCCACGCCUGCUCGUGUCAAUAAUAUUAGUUUGGGGGGGGGGAGUUCCUGCAGAGUUUCUCCUCAUUGUCAGGCAAAAAAAGGUUUUUCUUCCAUUGUGCUUUGUGGAAUUGGUAUCAUUCAGGGAGUGGGUACAGCGUGCAGCAGACUCAGCAGAUUGCUGUUGGGCAGGACAGUAAUUAUUUCUAGUUCCUGCGGAGGAAAACAACAAUCAAUUCCUUCCUGGCAUUGUUUUUUUUAGCAUGUGUCAGCCCUCUUGUCAGUCACUGUACCCAAUUAGUUUAAAAAAGAAUCAAGCAACCUUGCGUGAUGGACAUAACAAUUAAUUAAGGUCCUUCAGAAGAGGUUGAUCUUAGGCUUGAGAUACCUAAGCAUGUACAUGUUUGGAAAAAAAACACAUUAUGAAAUUGAGGUUUGAGAGUAAUUUUAUAACAAAUGCAAAAAAAUCUCGAAAUAAGAUAGUAUUGAUGUUACAUAUAUUUUGUAUGUGUGAUUUGUAUCAAUGCAUUGGUGGUUCAUUGAAACGUAACGUAGCUUACUGUGUUGGUGAUAUGGUUCACUUCUCAUGCACCCUAGUUUGUGUAUAUGCCUAUAAUAGCAGCCAUCUUGGUGUGAUUCCCUGAAGGACAUGCUAAAAACUUCCAUUGAUUAGUUCACUAGAUAACAGAAGAACCAGACUACACUCAGCUCUUACAGUCAAGUGUACUUGAAAACUGGGCCAACUACGGCCAUUGAAAUGAUUAUGUCACGUGAGACUUAACCUACAUUGCAACAACCCUGAAGUUUUAUGGUUUUAAUCCACUCACAUCUGCCAAUCAUUGCUUUGUAAAUAUGUUAAUACACGUUAUAACUAUACGUACGUUAUAUUCAGAAAAAUGCAUGCAAUAUUUAAAAAGUACGUAUGUACAUAUACAGUACACGGUGCAAGAAACAUUCAGUUCCACAUUUAUUUCUUUCAAAUGCAAAAUGCUGUGUGUGAUACAGAAUCCAUAAUUAUGUAGGCCUAAUGUAAGCCUACUUGUACUGCUCACUAUAAAACGCAAUGCAUUGUAGAUUGGCACUUAAGAGUAAAGGUGUAUUAUUGCAGUUGCGUGGCAAACAUAGUUGUCCAUACCUUUUCUACUCAUACGGGCUGAACAAUGUGCACAUUGCCUUGUUCCGGCAAGGGUUCCUCGAAGAUCCCCAGUGGAUGGAGUAGCAGUGCCUAACAUGAGUCUUCUUCUGGUUCAAGUUUGGCAUUGUUUACAGGGUAAAAGAAUGAAUAAUGGUUCAGCGGGUGUCUAGUUUAGACUUUACAGGUGCGAGAAGGCCCGAGUGAAGAAAACGCUUUCUGAAAUAUACAACACAUUGCAAGCCGUAUAACCCUGUGGGCCAUUAAACUUAGAGCUAUACUCUUGCACAUGAUUGAAUUUUACGGGUGAAUCACGUACAAAGAAUAUUGCUAGUUCAUUUGAUACAUUCAAUCUUGAAUUUAACGGCUUUGAUUUUUUUGCACGUAGUCAGUUUUUUAAUGUCAAACGACCCACUUUAUUUUUAUUUGCAAUUGAUUGUUAUCCGUAAGUUGAUGUCCCUACAAAUCAUGCAGGAAGUGUAUGGUUUCUUUGUGUCGUCUUUUCUGCAGAAACGUCCAUUUACGAACGUUUCAAAUUGCCUCUGAACUCAUAUUUAACUGCGAGCACAAGUACCAACGCGUCGACAUGUCGCCCAUCAUUUUGUACGAACUGGAAUUUUUCUGAGCCAGCUUGUUUGAAGAGAAGAAGCGUAUGUAACCAAAUAAUCGAAACUGUACGCUUCCCUGCUACAUCUGAAGCAGAAAGCAGCAUACCAAGAAGAAACAUGAAUUGGUUUAUGGGCACGUAGACUACCAUCGGAAACUACACGUGAUUAUGGAGGCUGCAGCCUGUUUUUUUUCUGCUCGAUCCAAAUACCUAAGCAAAAAUUUCACGCUUCGAAGCGUGUCGAUAAUAUAUUAUACUAAGCCUCUGCAUUACCGUACUUUACAACUGCAGCAUCAUAUUAUGCGGGGUCGUACCCCCCCCCAAAAAAGUGAGUUCGUCGAGGAGGAUUAUAGUGUAAUGGGUAAGGAAAAGGAUUUGUAUUGUGGGUGUCCGUGGUUCAGAUCCUCCGUUUUGAGGUUUGUUAGCAGGUUGUUUCCCGUUGAGACGAUAACUUUUGAGAGGUAGCAUCAUUUACUGCUUAAAUUUAUAUCCUAACAGUUUGUUCUAUUCAAGGAAAAACGCUCAUUGUGAACACGUUUUCGAUUAGAGCCUUGCUUAAAAUUAGUCUGGCAUCCAUAUCACAUAAACUACAAUAUUUUACUUCCGGGUUCCUAAUAUCAUUGUGACACAUUAAAAGCCUCGUUUAUAACCAGCGGUGGGAAUUAA